AUGACGUUCGCAUUCUCAAGAGGGUGUAUUAAAAUACAUUCUACGACUCUAAGUUCCUCCCGAGCUUUCCUCUUCAUAACUCCAAAACCAUGUCGAAACCAUCGACUUUUCACAUCGACAUCCUUAUGUCGCUCUACAGCUAGAAAGCCAAUGGCAAUGCCAACGGCAAAGGUAAAAUCGAAACCCAAGCCACAGCUCAAAGCUAAGCCAGGGGUCGCAAGUCAAAUCAAAUCCCCCGAAUUAGUUGUCGCGAAACCACCAUCGCUGGCUCCAAAACCUCUCAAGUACCACAGCUAUGCCGAUAUUCUGGCUGCGAAACCACAUACCACAAUUCUCUACCAAGCGGCUUCGCAUACCGGAUACAUUGUGACCUCCUACAUAGCUGGAACCUUUCUUCUGGGAUUUGCCGGUCUCACUUUCUGGAAUAAUUACGUUCAUAUCCCUGAUGAUAUUGCUGUAUGGGUUCCCUAUGCUUUCGGCGGCAUAUCUUUCCUCCUCGCUUGUUGUGGAGGCUACGUCAUUCUCUCUCCCGCCGGUCUCAUUAAAUCUAUAACCGCCGUCCCUGCCAGCCUAUGCGCUCAUCCUCCAAAAGUCGCCGCACCUCUUUAUGUAGAGGUUGCCCUCAAAAAAAUUGUUCCUAUUCCAUUCAUGCCUCCGCGCAUUCUAACUCUACCACCCUCUUCCCUCCAUCUUACAAGUCAUCUUUAUCAAGCCAGAACUCCCGCCGAGGAACGAGCAUGGAAUAGGAUAGUUGAGGCAAAGAAAAGGGAGUUGGAAGAAUAUGAUAGAACGCACAUUAUUGGAAGAGGCACACGAAAGAUUUCAGUGGGCUUAUUUGAGUUGGUAAGGUCAUUUGGAAGAUGUUGGACAAGGGAUGGAUUCAUUCCAGUGAGAGUUACAGAGAGAGGAAAGGGAAGAGUUCUGAAAUUAGAUGGAGAGGCUGGAUGGGCACAAGAUGGAGGGAGAGCGUUGGAGAAAAUUAUAAAGGUUCAAGAGUCUAAGAGAGUGGGGUUCUAG